AUGUGCGAAGUAGCUCGGGCUUCCUCGCCGUCGCCAAUUGUUUCGCUGAACCGGCGCCUCGCACAGUGCAAGGAUGAGCACCGGUGGCCCGAGGCACUGGCACUGCUGCGCCAGUCCCGCAGGACCGGCCUCGAGCCCACCAUCGUCACCUACGGGGCCGCGGCCACAGCCGCGGAGCGACCACGAUGCUGGCAACGAACGCUUGACCUCCUGGAGGAGGCGAAAGACCAGAAGUUGCAGCUGAACGUGGUGACGGCCGGCGUGGCAAUCAGCGCAUGCGAGGCCGAGUCGGGCUGGCAGCAGGUCAUCCAUCUCCUGGAAGGUGGAGAAGCAAGUGGCCUAGAAGGAAGCCUCGUGGCCUACAACGCCUCCAUCAGUGUUUGCGACAAGGCGGGUGCGUGGGCAGAUGCAGUGGGCCUGCUGUCGACAGCCUGCGCCCGGACUCUCAAGGCGGAUCGCAUCACCUUCACGUCCGCCCAUGGGUCUGCGGGACGCCGGCAGAACCCCGGGCCUACAGAAGCCCCGCCCCCCAGCCACACCCGGCUGUUUUAUGUCGCCCUGUCCUUCGCGGCUGCCCGGGCCUGCGAAGCGGGAUCGGCCUGGCGACCGACGCUGCAGAUCCUGGGAUCGAUACUGGAUGAGCUCGCCGCUUUCUGGUUGCAGUGGGCAAGUGUCCCCGCAGCCCUCUUCCUGCUCGGCCACAUGGCUUCACAGCAGCUGCCCCGGGACACCGCUGCCUACAACUCGGUCUUGAGUCCUGGACGCAUGGGAGCCCACGUGGAGGCCAAGGGAAAUCUCAUAGGUGCAUUUCACAAGCUCUGCCAUCAGCGCUUGCGGUGCGGCAUGGAGGCCCCUGCGAGCCGGGUGGAGCCCAACGCCAUCACCUACGGCACAGCCAUGAGCGCGUGUGACAGGUCUCUGGAGUGGCGCCAGUCGUUGCAGUUACUCGAGGAUGCCCAGAACUCCUCGCUGGAGCUGGAUGUCGUCAUGCUCAACGCCGCCAUCAGCUCUUGGUCUGUAGUAUUCGAGCCCAAGGAAGGUGUCGUGGUGGCGACAGGCAGUGCAGCUGCUCGAGGAAGUGAGACGAAGGGACAUGCAGCCAAGCCAGAUCACCUUCCAUGCGACGCUGAGCUCCUGCGCAACUCGGACACAGAGUAG